ACGUCGCUGGUACCUUCCCGAACGAAGACGCUACUGGGCCAUUUGAAAACACAGAGCUCGGUCAAUGGAUGGAGCUGUUUUACUGAAUUGUUCAUGGCGGCUGGCUGCUGGUCUAAUGCGGGGCAACUGCCCGUGUAAACUGAAAGCUACCUCCUCGAUGACUCGACUUCUGGGACGAAAAAACAUGUCCCCUACUGUCGUUUCUUACCCGCUCGGGCCAAAGCGGCAAUGCAAGCCGUCCUCCGACGAUGGGCACUGGGACUGUAGCGUCUGCACAUUCAGAAACGGCACCGAGGCGUUUAAGUGCAUGAUGUGUGAUGUCAGGAAGGGGACGUCAACACGAAAACCACGGCCUGUUUCUCAGCUGGUUGCACAGCAAGUAAAUCAGCAGUUUGCACCACCGACAAACCCCAAGAAGGAGAAGAAAGAAAAAUCAGAGAAAGACAAGAGUGAUAAAGAACCAACACUGAAAAAGAAAAGCCAUAAAAAGAUGAGGCCCAGGUUAAAAAACAUAGACAGGAGCAGCGCCGAGCAUCUAGAAGUCACAGUUGGAGACUUGACUGUAAUAAUCACAGACUUUAAGGAGAAAGCCAAACCCACAUCCACUUCAACAAGUGCUGCCUCAGCAGACCAACACAGUCAAAGCGGCUCAAGCUCUGAUAACACUGAACGAGGAGUCUCCAGAUGCUCUUCGCCCCGCGGAGAAGGUUCGUCGGUCAAUGGAGAGACUCACUAACCUUCACGCUCCCACUCAGCACAAAUCAUUCUUCUGCACUCUCAACAGCCUCAACAAGAGAUUAAACUUUAACAUCCAAUUUUUUUUUUUCUCAAUAAUACUAUAAAUGCCGAUAUGAUAGCGUUCACUUCCAUUCGGGGUUGUAUUUUUCACUGCCUUCCCAUAAUGAUAAAGAAUUCAGGAGUCAGGAGUUCAGAACUGUCACAGCAGAACCUACCCUGAUGAACUGAAAAAAGCAACAGUAGCAUUAAAACCCGGAUGUCAGUGGAACUGUGCCACGCGUUGUGGUGACUUGUCCUUUAACACCUCAGCAUCACACUCAGCUGGUUGUUGCUGCACAGAAUAAAUGAUGCUUUAUGAAAGAAAAAUGUGAAAAAGUCAUCUCAGAGUUGUAGAUUAUCCUUAUUUUGUUAUCAUUAUUUGCACUUAAUGACAUCCUAUGUUCAUAACAUUUUUUUAACAUUAUUUCCACUUUGCCGUUUUCAGUAAAUCAUAACACUGUUGGUUACUGGCCUUAACCAGCUCUACUUGUAUGCCAUUGGAUGCAAUAAUUGUUUCACUGUCUAACAUUUGAGUAAAAAUAUUGAACAGUUAUUCAAAGAAUGCUUCUCCUUCACUUGGUAGAGUUGAGCAUGAUUUAAUCUAUAGAAUGGUUUAUAUUGUAAAAAUAUGUUAAAUAAAAUAAGCUGUAGAUACUUGGAUAUGUUUUUUUUUU